CAGAGUGCAUUGAUGUGUGAUUAAUUGUGUUCCACAUGUGUGGAUCUGACCCAAGUGGAUGAAUUAAAGAGUCUGAUAGCAACGGGAAGGAACGACCUACUGUAAUGUUCCCUCAGAUAGCGAGAUUGAAGAAGCCUGUUGCUGAAACUGCUCUUCAGAUUGUCCAGUGUGUUAUGGAGGGGGUGGGAUUCAUUGUCCGUGAUUGCCAACAGUCUUGCCAGCAUACUGUCACUAAUCAUCUCCUCCAGGGUGACGAGCUUUAUGCCAACAACAGACUCGACCUUCCUGAUGUGUUUGUUUAGUCUGUUUGCUUUGAUGCCUGCACCCCAGCACGCCACAGCAAAGAAGGUGGUGCUCGCAACAACAGACUGAUAAAACAUAUAGAGCAGCCACUGGCAUGCAAACCUUGAAAAGAAAAUUUUCAUGUAGUUUUCUGAAUGGUUGAAACGCGUGACAAACAACUCUUCUCCCUCCUCCCGAGCCUUUCUUGGUUUCUCCCGUUGACGUGUUCCUGCAGAGCAGAUGGCUUUACACAUAAAUCCUAUUAACAACUUUCUGCUGAUGGAGAUGCAGUGAGCACAGGGUUUUCUCUCUCUGUCAUCAUCUCCCCUGAGAGGUCUGCUUUUUUAUUUUCUAAGCCAUAAAAAGAAGCGGUGGGAGAGCUGAAUUUGGAGGCCACGUCAUGUCUGCAGAGAAGAGAAGCUAGAAAAAGACAAAGAGGAACCAGAAAAGGAAAGACAGACUAAAAAGAAAGCAAAAAGUGCUCCAAAAAAGAAAAAAGAUUCAGACUCAGAUGAUGACGAUGAAGAGGACGGUGAAGAUACUCCGAAAAAGAAAACUAAGAAAAAAACAACCAAGGAUAGUUCUCCACCUGCAAGUUCCACCCGAGAGAAGAAAACUAAAACUAAAGAUGACAAAGAUUCUGAUGGAAAAGAAAAAAAAUCCAAGUCAAAGGAAAAAGACAAGAAGAAGGAACCAGCUUCAAUGUUCCAGAUAAAUGAAGACAAAAACUCAAAAAGCAAAAAGAAAGCGGCCAAAUCGGAAAGUGAUGACAGUGAAGAAGAAACAAAGUCAACCAGAUCAAAGAAAAAAUCCAACUCCGGCUCUGCAUCGAUGUUUCAAACAUCAGCAGAUAAGGACAAAGACAAGAAGACAAAGAAAAAAGCAAAGGCAGACGAAAGCAAUGAUUCUGAAUCAGAAAAAGAAGAAAAAACAAAGAAGAAGAAGGGCAAAGGGAAGAAGAAAAAAGAGCGCUCUCCCUCACCUGAAAUUGAAUUUGACAACUUGGAGAAGUUUGUAAUGGAGCCAGCUCCGCAGGGUGUGACUGUGAAAUGCAGAGUGACUCGGGAUCAGAGAGGGAUGGAUAAGAGCCUCUACCCUUUGUAUUACCUUCAUCUAGACAAUGAAAAAAAGACGUUUCUACUGGCUGGACGGAAGAGAAAGAAAAGUACAACUUCAAAUUACCUCAUCUCCAUCGAUGCCACAGAUUUAUCAAGAGGAGGCGAGAAUUUUGUGGGAAAGCUGAGGUCAAAUUUAAUGGGGACUAAGUUCACUGUGUUUGACAACGCUGUGAAUCCAGAAAAAGCUCUUCCAGACAUGUCUAAUGCUCGGCAAGAGUUAGCAGGCAUCAUCUACGAAACCAAUGUCUUGGGAAUAAAAGGACCCAGAAGGAUGACUGUCAUCAUUCCAGGAAUGAGCAAAGACAACGAGCGAGUACCCCUCCGACCAAGAAAUGAAUGUGAUGGCUUGCUGAUAAGAUUCCAAAACAGAAGGAUGGAAAAUCUGAUCGAGCUUCACAACAAGACGCCUGUGUGGAACGAAGAGACGGCAUCUCAUGUGCUAAACUUCAAUGGCAGGGUCACCCAAGCCUCCAUCAAGAACUUCCAGAUCGUCCACAACAAAGAUCUGGACUACAUUGUGAUGCAGUUUGGACGAAUCGCUGAUGACAUUUUCACACUGGAUUACAACUACCCGCUUUGCGCUGUGCAGGCCUUUGCCAUCGCACUUUCCAGCUUUGAUGGCAAAAUCGCUUGUGAAUGACACACAAGUCUUCAGUUGUGGACUCACACUUAAACCAGCAUGCAACAAACCCACAUUCACAUCAGAUCAACCCAGCGUCUUUGGACUCGCCUACACUUCCUGUGAUAGGUGUCGAUAACAGCAAUGGUUCCUCAAAUGUGACAAUACCUGCUGUUGUGCUGCUGUUAUCCGUGUGAGUGCCCCCAGGUGUAAGACACAAAAUUGUUGUCAUGUUAUCGUCUGAUCUUGCAUGACAUGGUGCAGAAGAAUCCUCUGUUUUUCAUUCUCAGUAUUUCACUGCAAUCAUCUGAACUUCUGGGAACUACAGAAAGACACACCAUUGGGAGUCCAGUGACUGGAGAGUUAUGUUUCAGGGAGAUAAUUGUACACCUCAUUUAUGAAGGUGUUUGAAGACUACUAACAUCAUUAAAGGAUGUUAAACCGUGAAUUUAUUUUUUUGCUUUGUUGUGCUUUGACGUAUUGUGUUGCUGUAUAGCGCCAAUUUUUUGUGUCAAAUGUGACCGCAGAAACACCAAAUUACAAUAAAAAUAUUUCUCUUUAGGGCAAAAUGAAAAUUAUACUUUGUGACAGUAAUCAUCUGCACAAAAGACACACUUUUAUUUUAAGUUUAUUCAAUUUUAUUUAGUGACUGUGAAACCGUUUUGUGUAUCUGUAUAUGUUAAUAUACACAUAGGUGUGAAAAUCUUUUUUCUAGGCAUGUACGUUACGUUUCUACAAAUAUAUAUGUUUCUAGAUAACUGGCUCUAAUGUGAACUCCUGUAGGUUUUUGUAUGUUGUCUUUUUUAAUUUCUUUAUAUUCAUAAACAUUGCCUUCGCUGCAGGCUUAUGGGAAUAAUUCAAAUGAAUUAAAUUUCCUUGUUAACUAAAUCGCUUUGAAGUCAGCUUGUAUAAAUGUAUGUUUUUGUCA